AUAGGAUUCUCGUUUCCAAUCAAUGUCGCUUUCGCUGUCACAGUCGUCAUCUGCUUUGCGGCUAGAAGUGCAGUAUUUCGUGUUGUGAUCGGUGCGGUAUAACUUGAAAAUUGAAUACUUAAUCCUGCAAUCAAUUCAAUAUUUAACUAGUUUAAAAUUAUUUAAAAUGGCUUGUUCUAAGGCUCUUCAACGAUCAACCACAUUGUUGCGAAAUCCUCCCGUUGCCUUCGAACCCUACAUUGGUCAACGGUCAUGCUCAUGGUGGGGUGCCGUGCAGAUGGGUCCUCCGGACGUCAUUUUGGGCGUCACGGAAGCGUACAAACGGGACACCAACCCGAAAAAGAUCAACCUCGGCGUGGGAGCUUAUCGAGAUGACAACGGUAAACCAUUCGUGCUGCCAAGUGUUCUGAAGGCCGAAAAGAGACUUGCAGAAAAACUGAUGGAUAAAGAAUAUUCACCGAUCAGUGGAACGGCAGAAUUUUGCAAGAACAGCAUACUGCUGGCUCUGGGUGAGGAUAGUCAGCAUGUGUCGAACGGACAGAAUGCCACCGUACAGAGCAUCAGUGGAACCGGCGCGUUGCGCAUAGGAGGAGCUUUUCUCGCUGCAUUCUUUCCCGGGCCGAAGGACAUCUAUCUGCCGACACCAUCGUGGGGCAAUCAUGGACCGAUCUUCCGCCAUUCGGGGUUGAAUGUCAAAUCGUACCGAUACUACGAUGCAAGUACAUGUGGAUUCGACUUUAAGGGGGCACUGGAUGAUCUGUCGAAAAUCCCUGAACGCUCCGCUGUACUGCUUCACGCUUGUGCUCACAACCCAACCGGUGUGGAUCCACGUCCAGAACAAUGGGCUGAAAUUUCGGCACUUUUUAAGAAGCGAAAGCUGUUCCCCUUCUUCGAUAUGGCAUACCAAGGUUUCGCUAGUGGAGAUGUUGCCAAGGAUGCUUUAGCAGUGCGCGCCUUCCUGAAGGACGGCCAUCAGAUAGCCUUGGCCCAAAGUUAUGCCAAAAACAUGGGCUUGUACGGAGAACGCGCAGGAGCCUUUUCGCUCAUCUGUUCGGACGCGGACGAAGCUGCCCGUACCAUGUCACAGAUUAAGAUUCUCAUUCGUCCAAUGUACUCCAAUCCGCCGAUUCACGGUGCUCGAUUGGUAACCGAAAUUCUCAGCGAUACGAGCCUUCGCAAGGAGUGGUUGGGAGACGUGAAACUGAUGGCCGACCGAAUUAUCUCGGUACGAUCCAAAUUGCAGGACAAUUUGAAAAAGCUGGGAUCGAGCCGCAAUUGGCAGCACAUCACCGAUCAAAUCGGCAUGUUCUGCUUCACCGGCAUGGAUCAGCAGCAGUGCGAGAAGUUGACGAAAGACUUCAGCGUCUACCUGACCAAGGACGGUCGCAUUUCGAUGGCUGGUGUUACGACGAAAAACGUGAACUAUUUGGCCGAAGCCAUCCACGCCGUCACCAAGUAGGAUGGCGGUGGUGCUGCCAAUGGUAUUUUUAUUUCCAUCUAUCCGAAACGACACAUUUAAAUGGUGGCAUUUAAUAAAAGGUUCCGCUUUCACCGAGCUUCAUGAAUUCAAUCAAAUUGAUUUCAAAACCAUAAAGUGAUUAUAGACCGUAGCUUGUAUCAAUCCCAUAUGAAUGUAAUAACGAAGAAUUAUUUUGCUGCAAAAUACAAAACAAAGAGUACUAGAAGAA